AUGGAUGAGGAUAUUCAGGAGUACAGAGACGAGGAAAAUGAAGACACCACCUCCAUCGCCGAAGGCGAAAAUGUUGUUCUGUUAAAGAACAGUACGGACGAGGUUAGUCUUCGUUCGCCGCAUGCGGUGACAGACAAGUGGGUCAGUUGUUCUACCACCUCUGUUUCCAGUGGAGAGGUAAUUGACAAUGUUAAGCGGAGACCGCCGCCGCUGGAAGGCCAAAAUGUUGGUCUAUUGAAAAACAGGAUGGACAAGGUUCUGUCUUCGCCGGAUGCGGCGGCGGACACCUGGGUAGAAGCUAAGAAAUGUUCCCAACACAGCGAAGACGAUAUAGGUUCGAUUUUUCCCUUUUCAUUCGCUGGUCAUAUUUCGAUGACCAGAGCAAACACCUAUAUUGAAGGAUUGUAUAUA